UCAUCAGCAAGUAUAAGAUCAGCAGAGGAAAGCGCCUGUUUGCCCAUUAACCAUGGCUAUCAGCUUUGUGCUGCUGCUGUUCAUCGCAGUAAACGUGUUUCCAGGAGCGGAUGGGGAGAAGGUGCGAGUGGGGAUUGUGGGAGGCAAGGAGGCUGCCCCCAACUCUCGCCCCUACAUGGCUUCCCUGCAGCUCCAAAGUCGUCACUUCUGUGGAGGCGUGCUGGUGCGAGAGGACUUUGUACUCACAGCAGCACAUUGUAGAUUACGACGGGCAUUCAAAGUCGUGCUCGGGGCUGUUUCUCUGUCAGCUCAGGAGGCAGGAAAACAGGAGUUCAAUGUCACCAGAUCCAUUCCACAUCCCGAUUAUGAUGGACAUGAAAAUGAUAUCAUGCUGCUAAAGCUGGACCGCAGGGCCAACCUGACCAGAGCGGUGCAGCUGAUCACUCUGGGCAGGCUGAGAAGAUCCAGCCAGUGCAGCACAGCCGGCUGGGGUGACAUAGGGGACAACAACACUUUACCAGACAAGCUCCAGGAAGUUGGCGUAAACCUCCUGACGCUGCGGGAAUGUCGUCGCAGAUGGGGAGACGUUCCCAUCACCAGGUCCAUGAUUUGUGCCACAGGAGACCGGGCCGCCCAAGGCUUCUGCUCGGGGGAUUCUGGAGGCCCGUUGGUGUGCAAUGGGACUUCAGUGGGUGUGGUCUCCUUCUCUGGGCGGCAAUGUGGCAACCCCAGGACCCCUGAUGUCUACAUGCGCACAUCUUCCUUCCGACGCUGGAUUAGAAAUGUGUUGAGAAGCAAUUAGUGCAAAUGGCCUGCUUUAAAUUGUACUUAGUACAGCUUAGGCAAACAGAUUCAUACCGAAAUGCUUCAAGAUAUAGUGGAGCCCAGGACACUUUCUGCCCCAUGGCUGUGUUCAUGUGUUGCAAUUCUCAGUAAACUUUGAACUCACUCUCUCUCUCUCUCUCUCUCUCUCUCUCUCUCUCUCUCUCUCUCUCUCUCUCUCUCUCUUACUGUGUGUGUGUGUGUGUGUCUCAGAAGAGAUGUUUGAGAAAUCCACCUUAUGCCUCUCAAAACAACAAUAAACUGAAACCUUACUUUGCUCAAAGCUCACAGUUCAGGCACCUUACACAAGUGCACCCAGUCCUACUUGCUAAGGUCCUGCUACAAAGUGCAUACGCUCUAGGGCUAAUUAAUUAUGGCAUUUUGUGCAUUGAAGUGUUGCUGGUUGGAAUUAAUAAAAU